AACCCCGACGCCGCCGUGACUUGUCAAAUUUUACCAAACUCAUCCACAUCAAUCGAAUUGUGUUUUUGAAAAAUAGAGAGAAUUUCAAAAUGACUUUGAAAAAUAAAGUAGAAGAACCAAAAAAGGAAAAAGUCGAACCAGCGCCGGCUCCAAAUGAUGAUUUGUCUGAAGAAGAUAAACGACUCCAAGAAGAGCUCAAUAUGCUUGUGGAGAAACUUUUGGGUGAUGAAGUCGAUUUAUAUUUUCCAUCUUUACAAAUGUUGAGUAAUCUCAUACGGACGUCGACAACAUCCAUGACGUCCGUGCCAAAACCACUGAAGUUUUUAAGGGAACACUACCCUGCUCUGAAACAAGUGUAUGAGAAAAUCAAAGAUUCUAAGACUAAGAAGUUCUGUGCUGAUGUGGUAUCAGUACUUGCGAUGGGAGUCAGUGGCUCAGCAGACGCGGCUGAGAAGAGAGAAUGUCUUAAAUAUUGCCUUCUGGGCACCAUGUCAAAUGUUGGAGAUUGGGGUCAUGAAUAUGUCAGACAAUUAGAAGGAGAGAUAGCAGAAGAGUGGAACAUUGACAAUAUGGAAUCUCUGCUGCCGCUAGUGCGUGAUGUGAUUGCUUUUGACAUGAAGCACUCAGCUGAGAUCCAGGCCUGUGACCUGCUCAUGGAGAUAGACCGCCUGGACCUGCUCACACAACAUAUGGACCAGAGCAACUACCCUCGUGUUUGCCUCUACUUGAUUGGGUGUGCAAGCUAUGUAGUGGAGCCAGAGUCGACGCAGAUCUUGCAGGGCGUGCUGGACACGUACCUGCAGUUCGGCGAGUACCCGCGCGCGCUACUCGUGGCCAUGCAGCUGCAUGACAAACCCAAAUGCGAAGAGGUCUUCAACGCUUGCAAUGACCCAUUGAUAAAGAAACAGCUGUGCUAUAUGUUGGCGCGCCAGUACAUUCCCCUGGAGCUGGAGGAUGAAGACUUGCGCACCAUCCUGCUGAACGCACACAUCAAUGACCACUUCCUCAGCUUGGCCAGAGAGCUGGAUAUAAUGGAGCCCAAGACCCCAGAAGAGGUAUACAAGACGUGGCUAGAGUCGGCCGGGUCGGCGCUGCGUCCCUCCCUACUGGCGGAGCACCCAGUGGACUCCGCGAGACAGAACCUCUCCGCGACGUUUGUGAACGCCUUCGUCAACGCGGGCUUCGGCCGCGACAAACUCGUCACUACUGAGGACGGUAACAAGUGGAUGUACAAGAACAAAGAUCAUGGUAUGCUGUCAGCGGCCGCAUCCCUCGGCAUGAUCCACCUGUGGGACGUGGACGGAGGUCUGACGCCCAUAGACAAGUACUUGUACACUGCUGAUGAGCACAUCAAGGCUGGUGCUUUACUUGCAUUGGGUCUGGUCAACUGCGGCGUGAGGAACGAAUGUGACCCGGCACUGGCGCUGCUGUCCGACUACGUGCUGCAUUCCAGCUCCAAUCUCCGCAUUGGCAGUGUUUUGGGUCUGGGCAUAGCAUACGCGGGCACGCAGCGCGAGGAUGUGUUGUCUCACCUGCUGCCUGUACUGAGCGACACGGCCGCGCCCGCUGAGAUCUGCGCGCUGGCCGCCAUCUCCUGCGGACUCAUCGCCGUCGGCUCCUGCAAUGGCGACGUGACGUGCGCCAUCAUCCAGCGUCUGAUCGACGACAACAAGGACCUUCACUCCUCCACCUACGCCCGGUUCCUGCAUCUGGGGCUCGGACUUUGCUUCCUAGGUUGCAAGGAGCGCACGGAGGCGACGAUGGCGGCCCUAGAAGUCCUGCCGGAGCCGCAGCAGUCGCUGUGCCAGACCACGCUGUCCAUGUGCGCCUACGCCGGCACCGGCGACGUGCUCGUCGUACAACAGAUGCUGCACAUCUGCUCCAAGCACUACGACACUGAUAACGAGCAAUCGUCAGCGGAGGACACGGCGUUCAAGAAGCAAGAGAAGAAAGACACCAAGGAGGCCGCCGCCAGCUCCAGCAGCACCGCCAGCAGUUCCAAGGACGAUAAGAACAAGAGCAAGUCAUCAAAGGACAGCAAGAGCAAGGAGAAGGAAAAGGAGAAAGAAGCGAACAAGGAGCUGUCGUCGGUGCAGGCGGUGGCGACGCUCGGCGUGGCCGUCAUCGCGCUCGCGGAGGAGACCGGCGCGGAGAUGUGCACCAGGAUCUUCGGACAACUCGGCCGGUACGGGGAGCCGGCGGUGCGUCGCGCGGUGCCGCUGGCCAUCGCGCUGUGCUCCAUCUCCAACCCGCAGCUGUCCGUCAUCGACGUGCUCAACAAGUACUCGCACGACGCAGACAACGACGUCGCGUACAACGCCAUCUUCGCCAUGGGGCUCGUCGGCGCCGGCACCAACAAUGCCAGGCUAGCGACAAUGCUCCGCGCCCUAGCGCUGUACCACGGCAAGUCCCCGGUGCACCUGUUCAUGGUGCGGCUGGCGCAGGGGCUGUGCCACGCGGGCAAGGGCACGGUCACGCUGUGCCCCGCGCACGCCGACCGCCGCCUGCUCAACCAGCCCGCGCUCGCGGGGCUGCUCGUCGUGCUCACCGCCUUCUUAGACUGCAAGAACAUAAUCCUGGGCAAGUCCCACUACCUGCUGUACGUGCUGGCUACGGCGAUGCAGCCGCGCUGGCUGGUCACACUCGAUGAGAGCUUGCAGCCCCUCAACGUCAGCGUACGCGUUGGACAGGCUGUAGACGUAAUCGGCAAGGCGGGCACACCGAAGACCAUCGCAGGCUCGCACACGCACACGACCCCCGUGCUGCUGUCAUUCGGCGAGCGCGCCGAACUAGCCACGGACGAGUACAUACCGCUCUCACCUGUCAUGGAAGGGUUCGUCAUACUCAAGAAAAAUGAGGACAGCGUCAUGGCGUCUGUCCAGUAACCAUAACCUCUUAGAUUAAACCUAUUCGAUCUAUCUGUAUUAAUUAUAAUAUGAGUAUCUAAUAAAAUUGUCGUAAUUAUA